AUAAAUAAAAUAAAAUAAAUGAUUUUUGAAGUUUGUUGCAUCUCUCUGUACUGAAAUCGUCUGGUUGUGGAAGACAGCUGAGACGACUGUGUGAACUGAUUGGAGCAGAGCUAAUGUGCUGCAAACAGGCUAAUCAGUAUGUGAAGCAGGGGCGGACUGAUCAUUUGGAAACUCGGGCACUGCCCGAGGGCCCGGGGUCAGUAGGGGGCCCCAUGAGAUGCCCCUGGUACCUUUUUCAUAGGCAUUUUUGAGUUUGGGCAAGGACACAGAGGCCCCAUGAUCCCCUAUUGCCCGGGGGCCCCAUGAGUUGUCAGUCCGCCCCUG